AGCAGAGCAGCAUGAUGGGAUAUGAGAGUCCUCCGGCGGCGCGCUGCCGCCAUGUCACCUAGAGAGAAACAUUUAGCGCUACUCUCUGCUUUAGGCGUUCUUAGUUUUGCUCUUUAUUAUAGUCCAACUUUUCUGUACGUGACUUUAAUUGUUGCAGUGUGUUGUAUUGUGUGUUACUAUCACAGCAGAGAACCGCUUCCCGCCAGGUUAGGCCUGAAUCCGCGGGCUGGGCAGAACGUCGUAGCCGUGGUUCGGCGCUGGUUGUGGGGUUGGGGGGUUACCGGCGUGUCGGCGGCCGCUCGGGGGAGAACAAGGAGGAACAGAAACAAACCGGAGGAAUCGGAGGGUCGCUUCAGAGAAAGGCUCGUCGACGCUGGGAUUUAUCGGAGGGAGAACUUGACGAGUGACUCGUUUGUUUUCAGCCCGCGGGAUUUCCUCAUGGGGAGCUACAUCGGGAAACCAGAAAGCCCGACCGCGGAGUCCGGGAGGCCGAGAGCGGCGAGGAACCCCCGAGAACAACUGAGGGAGAGGCUGGCGAGACCGAACCACGCUGUCCUCACUCCCAACCGGAGGCUGUCAUUUACCGGUGAGCCACUGGGCCCAACGAGCAGGUUCACCAUCACCCCUCAGCGUCACUACCCCCUGCAACAGCCGGGUGUCUCAUCACUGGGAGUCUUACCUCCUGUCAGGUGGGAUGGCUUCAGACAGAAAAACAUCCUCAGCCCACGUAACUCCCCUGCUGCUCUCAGCCCUGUUACCGUGAAGAUCGCCAGGCCUGACCACCACAUCACACCCAGUUUGGACCAUCAUAGUUGUGCCGGACACCCCAGAACCCUGGCGGACCCCUGCUCCAGAGAGAGUGUCCUCAAGGUGUUGAAGGAAAGUCGCAAGAGAGACGUGGAGGAUGAGGACAGAAGCUUUACAAUUGAGCAGAGAAGCAAAAGAAGGCGAAACGACAGCGGUGGAAGUGCCCACUCUGCUUUUGGGUCUCUUUUGCCUAAUGGAGCACCAUCACAGCUGGUCCCUAAGCCAGGAAACCUAAAAAGAGGGAUGACCUCGCUGGCAGAGGAGUCCAUCUUGAAGAGGUCUCGCACCUCCUCCAUUAGCUCUGGCAGUGGGGUUCAUGCCCCCAGAGGAACCCCAGGAUCCAAGAGAAACCCAAUUCACAGCUCCUACAGCUCUACGAUAGGCCUCAGCCAGUGGAAGAAACGCUCUGCCCCCAGCUCUCCCCUGUCCAGCCCCGGAUCAUCACGAUGUCAGACUCCAGAGGGUGUUGCCAAAAGACCCAGAGAGGACGAGGGACAGUCUCCCAGCUCAGCAUCCUCAGUGAGGUCGGAUCACACGGCAUCCGAAAAGGCUCCUGUUACUUCACUCAAACUGACCCCAGCCCCCAAGGUCCCAGUUUCAACGUCAACGGACUCUGCUGGUAGCGGUGGGAAGAGAAAACGAAAGAUCCAACUUGUGUCCAGCAACCGGGACGAUCAGAUCUCUCUGCCCCCGCCUCCAGAGCUAGGCUACACUAUCACUGUGAAAGACCUGGAUGAAGAGAAAAAGGAAGGCAUCAGCAAGAUCCAGAAGGUCCUGGAGACACCUGCACCAGAGCCAGAGAAGUCUCCCACACCCCCAGCCACCAUUUCAACCCAGCCCACCUCCUCUACCAGCUCCACCAGCACCACCACCCUGAGCAGCCUCCUGGCGGCUCCUCUGGUCACCGCCGCCAGCUCCGCCAUCCCAGUCAUUAACCUGGACCCCAGUCCCAGCAGCAGUGUCACCACAGCACCUGCAAUCCCCAACCCACUGCUGGAGGCUCUGAAAAAGAGCAUCACACCUGCUCCUGUUAGCUCCACACCUGCUGCUACAUCAACCACAGUGUCCGCAUCAACCACACCAGUGCAACCCAGUAGCUUAACCCUGAAGGUUUCCACUACAGUAGAUUCCCCUCAGCUUCCUCCUGCAUCCCAGCCUCAGUCCUCCUCUGCUGUUGGGGAGCAGCACUCCGCCUUCAUGCAGGUGCUGAGUCAGGUCUCAAAGGCUCCCAGCAGCACUCCAUCUUUAACAGGAGCCGGUCUGUUUGGACUGACGAGCCAGAUCACCACUUCUACCACUUCUUCCUCAGCGUCCAACCUGGUUCCCGCCUCUUCUGCUCCCCCAGCCAGCAGCUCAGAGUCAGUCAGUAACGCCAACCCUCUGCUGGCUUCUGGCUUCAAGCCCAUCUUUGCAGUCACCACCACCUCCUCUGGAACACCAACCCCAGAGAGCAAACCCACUGUCCCCACUUUUAAGCCCAUCUUUGGAGCUGCCACUGCAAGUCCUGGCUUUGGACAGCCCUCAUCCAUUGCAUCCACCAUCCCAGCCUCUUCAGUUGCUUCAAGUAUGUUUGGUGGAUUAACCAGCAGCACCACAGUCACACCAUCUCUUUUUCCUGGCAUGACCAACACCACCACUAACACAGCCUCCACCGGCUCCAUCACCGCCAUACCGCCUGUAGCCCAGCCGGCUAUGAGUUCCCUCUUUGGAAACUGGUCAGCACCCUCCACAACAAGUACCAGCUCAUCCUCAACGCAGGCGCCAAACACAGGAAGCACAUUUCAAUUUGGAGCUGCCGCCGCCGCCGCCACCACCACUGCAGCUGCUCCUGCUGCUGCUACCACGACCUCCAGCAACAGCACCUUUUCAUUUGGUGCCCCGCAGCCAGAUCCCCAAGCUGCCAGCCAGAAGGUAUUUGGUUUUGGCCAGACAGCAUCUACCCAGAACACAACCACAGCUUCAUUCGGAGGCUUUGCUAUGGCCAACACAACCUCCAACACCACAGCUGCUGCCACCACCCAGCCAACCUUCUCCUUUGGGAAGUCAUCAUUUCAAGCACCAGCGGCAGCAGCAGCUGCAGCAGCAGCACCAGCGGCAGCAGCAGCACAGCCUACUUUUGGCUCGUCUGCAGCGCAGUCAAAACCGUUUACCUUUGGAGGCAGUGGAGCACCAUCUGCUCCUGCUGCUAACACCGCCCCGCCCCCUUUCCCUUUUGGCUCAACCGCUGUCACCACAGCACCCAGCUUUGGGACACCAGCUCAACCAGCGUUCGGAGCUAGCUCCACUGGUUUUGGUUUUGGUAGCACUACCGCUCCCUCAGCCGCACCCACAGCUGCACCGAGCUUCGGUGCAGCAACCCAGACUCAGAGCUCCUCCUCAGCCACCUUUACGUUUGGCAGUGCUGCUCCUCAGCCGGCCCCCCCUGGCCCUGCUCAGCCGGCCCCCAGUGGGUUUAACUUUGGUGGUGGUAUGCAAGUCCCCCAAUUUGGAACGCCGGUAUCCAAUAAUCCAGCACCGCAGAUGGGAUUCAACUUCGGGGCUGCUGCUACUGACAAACCUGCUUUUGGAACGUCCACUCCAUCCUUUGGCCAGGGUGCUGCUGCAGGUCCAAUUCCCUUUGGAAGUCCUGGAACUCCAGUCCAAGGCUUCAAUGCUGCAUUUGGGUCCCCGUCUGCCACCUUCUCUAUUGGAGCCGGAUCUAAACCAUCAGGAGCGCGCCAGAGGCUACAGGCGCGGAGGCAACACACCAGGAAGAAGUAACCUGUUGCACAUGUCCAGCACCGCUUUCAGAGGACUUGAGCUGUCGCUGCUGUUGCUGCUAUGGUUCAUCUGGCCAACAUUGCUCUGUUGUAAGCCCAACAUCCCCAAACCAGGCCGCCACCAAUGCUCUCUGCUUCCUCCCCCCUCCUCCAGUGGGCUGUGCUUGCCCAAAACAUUGUGUUUGCUGAGGAGUCUGAAAAAAAAAAAAGAAAAGCACACCAACUUGCUGAGUUGAUGCUGCCUGGAUGACUACAUGACCCAGUGAGGGAAUGUAGCAGCGAGGAGACGGGAGUCCAUAACAAUGUACUACUUGUGAAGAGGACAAAAGACAGAUGAAUCGUUUGAAUGCUGAACAAAAGCAUAUCCAAAGUUAAUUUUCCUUUACGGUAUGUGGACACUCCCAUUGGUUCGUCUUAAAGAGAGAGUUGAGUCAGGCAAAGAUGUGGAGCCUUGGCUCAAACAUUUAUUUUUUUACGUGAAGCGCGCAGUGGUUUGUAUGUUUCUGAGUAUUUGAGUACAUUAUCUGAAUGAGUCUGAAUAGGGCAGAAUGCACGGUUGCGGUGUACGUGUAAAGUUACGAGACGUUUGCAUUUUAAAUUAUUUUUUUAAUUGGCUCAUUGGUAAGUGAAUGAUGUGUUUCUGCACUGAAAAAGGCGACAUGUCUUAAUGCAGAUAGUGCAGACCCUUGUGUUCUUGUUUCAUACUCUUUGUCAUUACGAGCAUUCCCAGAAGUCCUCCUGUGGAUGGCCUUUUUUUGAUAGUGAUUAUAACCAAUACUGAUACAAUUAGCACGACGGUUUACCCUUUGGAUGACUACUUUUGACUUGUGCUGACAAACCCAAAGCUAAGUCUUCAACUUCAUGCCUGUGAAAACAAUCUGUGAUCUUUAUCCAACCUUUAAACCUGAGAUGUGUUUGUUUGUGCCAGACUACCUCUCUUUACUCCAGGAACUUAAUCUGUGUGAUUUCACUCAAACCUGAUUAGAUUAAAUCGUCAUCUACUGUUUUAUAAAGAUCAUAUAUUGAGUUUUUAAACAUCUGCGCGGCAACACACUACCAGAACGUCUGCAACAUCACUGUUACAACAGAUGAAAACACAUUGACUUAGCAUCAGAUUUAUUUUAAGAAACGCGUUCUGUCAAAUUAAAAGCUUGUAUGUUUCGUUACCACAAAUUGUCAACGUGAAGCAGGAGUUUUAUUUUCUGCAAUGUCUGUCUCUUGGUGAGUUGAUGAAGCCUGUUUCAAGCAAACCUGACGGUAAAUCCACUGGAUGUUGGCAGUCAGGUUUUAUUUUUAAGGAUCUUAGUUUGUAGUCAUGAUCACUUCCUCUUGUGAAACGUGAGCAGUAUGAUGCAGUUCUUGAUUUGUUAAUUUUGAAAAUAAAUAAAUAAAUAAAAAGGAAAUUGGACGAGGACAUUCCAACAACAA